AUGUACAAGGACGUGAAGCGAUACUACCACUGGCCAGGAAUGAAGCGAGCAGUAGGACGAUGGGUAGCCCAAUGUCAAACCUGUCAACAGGUGAAAACCGAGCAUCAAGUUCCAGCUGGUCUAUUACGGAAUUUGCCUAUUCCCGAAUGGAAAUGGGAAUCUAUCGCGAUGGAUUUCAUAACAGGAAUGCCAGCCGCGAUGGGGCAAAAAGAUGCGAUAUGGACAGAAGUGUGGCGUAACGAAGGAGUUCAAAAUAACAUUAUCGAAGAAACAAUGGAGAAUAUCAAGAUAAUCCAGAAGAAUAUGAGAAAAACUCAAGAUCGUCAGAAGAAGUAUGCAGAUCAGAAAAGGCGAGAGAUAGAGUUUGCUGUCGGGGAUAUGGUUUACCUCAAGGUAGUAGCAAUCAAAGGAAAAGGAAAGGACCGCUUUGGAAAACCCUCCAAGGUUGGUAAAAGAUAUGAAGGACCAUUUCCUAUUACCGAAAGAGUAGGAGAAGUGGCUUAA